CGUCCCCGCGGCUCCCUGCUCCUCCGCGGUCACUCCGGCACCUGAAGGGACACGGCGGGCGGGUGCGGAGCGGGAUCCGCGGCAGUGCGGACGGUCAGUCCCCGCGACCCCCAUGGCCCUGGCUUGAAGGCUGUACUGGCGGGACCCUGAGCGGUGUAGUGGAACCCAGGAGUUGCCAGCACAGGGUGAAUGCAGUGGCAGCCAUGGAUGAAGAGAAGAUUCCAUCUGCACAGCCUGGAGACUCUGAUGCCACCUGGGAGCCCAACGUGGAGCCUGAGGAAGAGCCUGGGAUCCAGAAUGGAAUGUCAGCCAGUGAGGAGCUGAAGAAUAGUCAUAGCAGCCCAGGGCACGUGAUGAGGGUCACCCUGCUGGACUCUGAGGAGCCCACAAAGGGCUCAGAUUUGGCCCUCCAUGGCCUCAGCCUUGGCCUGCCUCUCACUAAUGGCCUAACCCUGCAGCCAGACUCAAACAUUCUAGACGAUUCAACAGAAUGCAGGUCCUGGAGGGCUAGUACACUGGCAGAGGACAAGGAUGCCUCUAGAAGUCUGUGCCCAGAUUCUGAGGACCCUCAGCUGGGGCUGAGUGACCCUUGUGAGCCAGAUGUGCGGGAUGGCUUCAGCACCACGUUUGAGAAGAUUGUGGAGUCAGAGCUGCUACGAGGCACCCAGUACAGCAGCCUGGACUCCCUGGAUGUGCUGAGCCUCACAGAUGAGAGUGACAGCUGCGUCAGCUUUGAGGCCCCCCUCACACCCCUCAUCCAGCAGCGGGCCCGGGACAGCCCCGAGCCAGGCACCACCUUGGGCAUCGGGGACAUGGGGCUCGAGGGGGGCCUGGGUGCAGCGGGUGGUGACGGGGAGCUGGGCAGCCCCCUGAGGCGCUCCAUCUCCAGCAGCCGCUCAGAGAAUGUCCUGAGCCGUCUGUCGCUCUCAUCUGUGCCCAAUGGCUUACAUGAAGAUGGACUCCAGGGCCCAGGUGGGGACGAGGAAGAGGAGGAGGAAGAGGACACUGACAAACUGCUCAACUCAGUCAGUGACCCCAGCCUGAAGGAUGGCCUGUCAGACUCAGACUCCGAGAUGAGCAGCUCAGAGGGGCUGGAGCCUGGUAGCAUAGACCCUCUAGCCAACGGGUGCCAGGGGGUUAGUGAAGCUGCCCACCGGCUAGCCCGCCGCCUCUACCACCUCGAGGGCUUCCAGCGCUGUGAUGUUGCCCGGCAGCUGGGCAAGAACAACGAGUUCAGCAGGCUGGUGGCUGGGGAGUACCUCAGCUUCUUCGACUUCUCAGGCCUGACUCUGGAUCGAGCGCUCAGAACCUUCUUGAAAGCCUUCCCACUGAUGGGGGAGACACAGGAGCGAGAGAGAGUCCUUACACACUUCUCCCGCCGGUACUGCCAGUGCAACCCCGAUGACAGCACCUCAGAAGAUGGGAUCCACACACUCACCUGUGCCCUGAUGCUGCUCAACACGGACCUCCAUGGACAUAACAUUGGCAAGAAGAUGUCCUGCCAGCAGUUCAUUGCCAAUUUGGACCAACUGAAUGAUGGACAAGACUUUUCCAAAGACCUGUUGAAGACCCUUUACAACUCCAUCAAGAAUGAAAAGCUGGAAUGGGCCAUUGAUGAGGAUGAGCUGAGGAAGUCAUUGUCUGAGCUGGUGGACGACAAGUUUGGGGCAGGCACAAAGAAGGUGACUCGGAUCCUGGAUGGUGGCAACCCCUUCCUGGAUGUCCCACAGGCUCUCAGCGCCGCCACCUACAAGCACGGUGUGCUGACCCGGAAGACCCACGCUGACAUGGAUGGCAAGAGGACGCCCCGUGGGAGGCGUGGUUGGAAGAAAUUCUACGCGGUGCUCAAAGGGACCAUCCUGUACCUGCAGAAGGAUGAGUACAGGCCUGACAAAGCUCUGUCUGAGGGGGACCUGAAGAACGCCAUCCGAGUGCACCAUGCUCUGGCCACCAGGGCCUCUGACUAUAGCAAGAAGUCCAAUGUGCUCAAGCUGAAGACGGCAGAUUGGAGAGUCUUUCUCUUCCAGGCCCCGAGCAAAGAAGAAAUGCUGUCCUGGAUCCUUAGGAUCAACCUAGUGGCCGCCAUCUUCUCAGCCCCAGCCUUCCCAGCCGCAGUCAGCUCUAUGAAGAAGUUCUGUCGGCCCCUACUGCCCUCUUGUACCACUCGUCUCUGCCAGGAGGAGCAGCUGCGUUCCCAUGAGAAUAAGUUGAGGCAGGUGACUGCUGAGCUGGCUGAGCACAGGUGUCACCCAGUUGAGAGGGGCAUCAAGUCCAAGGAGGCCGAGGAGAGCCGGCUGAAGGAGCAUUAUCUCACGUUUGAGAAAAGCCGUUAUGAGACCUAUAUCCACCUUCUGGCUGUGAAAAUUAAAGUGGGCUCAGAUGACCUGGAGCGAAUUGAGGCCCGGCUGGCCACCCUGGAAGGGGAUGACCCUUCUCUCCGCAAGACACACUCAAGUCCUGCUCUCAGCCAGGGCCAUGGGACUGUGACUGGCAGCAAAGCCACAAAGGAUGCCACUGGACCUGACACUUAGCUGGCAUGAAUGGGUAGGGCCCAGACGCUGGCACAUGCCCCCAGAGGGGUCCGUGAGCACAAUUCCAGUCAGGGGCCACUUGGACCAGCUCCACACAGUUGAUGGACAGCUAGAGGGGUGAAAAGAGGCCCAUGGGCCAAGGAGAUGAAGAUGCCACUCAUGGUAUUGAUCUUCUUACAUUCUGGGACUUCCCUGGGCUUCAGACCCCCUCAGCCCUGGCAUUCCUUUCCACCACAGAGCCUCAUUUUGUAGGCAAGCUGUGCGCAUGUUCCAGACAUCAUGUCCCUGGAGGAACAGGAAGGGUGCUUGUCCCCUCACAAGUUCUUUACUUCCUAGCCUCUGUUGCUGAGGGCAAAUCUUAACUCUAGAUCUCAUCUUGGACUCCCUACUCUUUUUCUCCUUCUACUUCUUCUUCUUCUUCCUCCUCCUCCUCCCUUUUAUUUGACCAGCAGCAGGUCUGCAGACCACCAGCACUGCCCUCUCCUCCAUUAACCCAGCGGUCUGGAACCAUGACCUAUUCUCCUGCCUCCCAUCGCAAUAAUCCAGGACCUGGGCCCACUCUCUUGAAGCCAAGCUGUCUCCAGUCAUCUCAUUUUUUCAUCACUUGAGGUCACCACUGCUUUCUUUUGUAUGGACAUAAAUGUAUAGAUAUAUAAGAAUUAUAUACAAAUAUAUAAGGGAACCCCUUUAAAGGUGGUUUUAGAACUGAUUAUCAGGUAGAGAAUAAAAUAAGAUGAAGGAAAGUCUUCAUGCAGUUGUUAGUAAGGAAGGCUGGAUGAAGAUGGCCCUGACUUCUAGGCGAGAAGCUGGAGAUAGUGCUGACCUCCUUCCACCCCAUUUCCCCUUCCGGCUGACCUGUGAUUUACACUGCCCUUACAGUUGCUGUUUUGGAGUAGACUGUUUGUGCCACCCCUUAGGCCCUGCGAGCAUCUUGGUCUGUGAGUAAGAUGGGACCAUGGCCCUGCUUAUUCUUUGGACUUUAUGUCGGUGCUGCUAGGUCUCUGAACUCCAGAGGUGGCUUCUUGUCACAGGAAUAAAAGACACUCUGCCUUGCAAAUAGAUAACUUGCCAACAAGUCCAAAGAUGUCUGAUGAGAGAAAGUUAUGGAAACCAUUAAUUUUUGGUCUUGGGAAAAGGUGAAUGUCAAGUUGCUGAUUGUUUAUUAGGCAAUGUUUCUUCUGGUGACUCAGAAGUGUUAUAAGGACAUGUCUGGGAAGGACAGAAAAGUUUGUCACAUGAUGAUCAUAGAUUAGUGUCCUUUAAGCUAUGCAUUCUCCAACCUGGCAAGUGGUGGGGAUGAUGAUACCAUCAGUGUGCAGCUGUGAUAAGCAAAUCCUCUGUUUCCUAAAUCACUGCACGUUAGCUAGCAGUUUGACCACAGAGGUGACAUAUUUAGUUAAUAAGCUAAGUCAGCCUUGCAAAGAUACCCAGCAUUUAUAAAUCCACUUAUACUUGACAAGUCUAUGGAGAAGUGUAAUGACUUAAACCCAGGUUAUUUAAUUUGGAUCACUUGAAGAGUAUUUUCUAUCUGAGCCAUAUGGCCCCUUUGUUUUGUUGAGUGGGAAGUAAAUGCUCAUUUAAAUGAAAGAGCACUUUACCAACCUAGAAGAGCUCUCUGUACUUUUUCCUUGGCUGUCUCAAAGGUCCUUUGAUUGUGUGGGGCAGCUUCCUACCUUCUACUUCAUGAGAGCAGGUGAGAGAGUAGAGGAGGAAGCUCUGUCUAGAUGUGCUUUCCUGAGCACUAGUUGUGCCUCCCAACAGUUAAAAAAAAUUUUAGUUCACCUUCUUAAUUGUAUAAUUAUUUAUUGUAAAUUAUAUACAUGUACUACUGUACUAAAAUAUUAUGUACAUUAUAAAACAUACACAAAAAUAGAAAUUUAAAAAAGAUGAGAUGAAAAUAAAUCUAAAUCAAAAUUCUAAUAUUUUUUCCUGCAUUCUAAUGGACCAUCAUGUUCCCCCCACAAUCUAUGCCCUUAAUAUGCCCGUUUUCCAGGACUAACCAAAUCCAGAGGCUGGAGGACUACAGAUGAGAUGCAAUAAGUGGUCUGAGCCACCUCAUAGUCCUGGGAAGUAGUCGCAGGUUUUUAGGUCUCCUGGGGCCUGACUCCUAAUGACAGCAUCUCUUGCACCUUCGUCCUCUCAAUGAAGGUUAACUGCUGGAUUCUGGGCAUACUGUGGUGAGAAAAGGAUUGGACCAAUUUGCUGUCCGCAUGGGGCUCACAUUCUAGUUGAGAGUGCGACAAUCAGUCAGUCACCAUUAGCAGAUGGGACUCUGGGAAACUGGGAGAUAAUCCAAAAAUGAUCUGGCAGAGGAGAAUUGGAGGAGUGGGGAAGAUAAUUUGACUCAAAUUGCCUGAAUGUCCUAAGGAAAACCAUGCCGUAGUAGGGAAGUCACUGAACUGAGCUACACCUUUUUCUGAUAAAACAUACAAAGAUGCCCUAAGGCAGAAGUCUGAGCCAUAGAGAGGAGAAGGAGCCUCUCAGGUCACCCCAGCUCUCAGAUACCACUCAUACUCAUGUGGCGUGGCUCAUGUGACUCAGAGUCAAGGGAACUACAUUAGGUUUGAGUAUUCUACUCUCAGAUAAUACCUUUGAAUUCAAAGCAGGUAAGAAAAGUAUUAAAUAUGGUUAUGUAAAGAUCAGUAAGUUCAAGAGGUCAUUCAGAAUUAGUUGGAGUCACAUAGAGUUCUUUAGGGUCAGGGAGAUUCUGACUAGAAAUUUAGAAGGCUCAGUGCCUUCAGAAGAGUCAAAUGAGGACACUAAGCUGCAUCGAGAAGCUAGUAGGUUCAGCAAGAGGUCAUUCAUAAUUGUUUGGGGUCAUGAAAAGGUCACUAAAUUGAAUAAAAGGUCAUUCAGAAUAA